AUGGAGGGCACGGGUGGGCUCAGCCUGGUCCUGACCGGACCUGGCCGCAUGCUCCUCCUGGCCGGCACCCGCCGCAAGACUAAUAUCUGCGUCUCCGUCUUUGACCGUGCGGCCCACCCGACCUGGUGGUCGGGGGGCGUGGCGAGCGUGGGGUCCUACGUCUUCGCCUUCGGCGGCAUCGACCCGCACACGAGCCUGCCCACCAACUCCACCCACGUUCUCGACACAGGAAGUGGUGAGGUGUCGCGGCUGGACUGUUCGGGGUCGGCCCCGGCGCCGCGGUGGGGCCACACGCUCUCGCCCGUCGGCAAUCGGCUCUACAUGUUCGGCGGCGCCUUGUCCCCCACCAUCUGCACCAACGAUCUCUUCCUAUUCGAGACCGGCACGACGUUGUGGCGCGAGCUGCGGGUGAAGGGCGACUGCCCGGCAAGGAGGACGGGGCACGCAGCCGCCGUGGUGGGGACGAAGGUGUACAUUUUCGGCGGCAAGGACCAGCAGGGCCGACUCCUGAACGACCUCUACAUUCUGCACACGUCAGGCCCGGCGAGGUGGGAGCAAGUGACGGGUCGAGGCGUUGCACCAGCCGGGCGGAUGGACCAUGCCCUGUCGGCGGUGGGUACGCGUCUGUUUGUUCACGGAGGCGUCGUCAUCAACGAUCCCGCCACACGAGCCUCCGACCUACACGUGUUUGACAUCGUAACACAAACCUGGAGGGAGGUGGACGUGCAGAAGGAGCUGGGGAUUGCACUGGGACCACUCGGGCGGUAUGCCGCAGCCGUGUGGAAGUCGGCGAUCGUUGCGAAGAGCGAACAAGGCACUUCGAUUAUUGACACCCGAAAGAUAUUAUUCUCCGAUCCGCCGGCGGAUAGGCUGCGCGACGAUCUCGCGGGGUUGUUGGAGGGCGGCCAGGCCUCGGACAUCACUUUUCUCGUCCAGGGCCAACUCAUCCCCGCGCAUCGGUGCGUGUUGAGCGUGCGGAUGACGGAAGCCGGCCUCGCAGCACUUCUGGGCCGCACGCCUUCGGCUGCCGAAGAGACGCCUGAACUCGAAUCUGAUCCCUCGGCGGUGAUCGAGGUGGCCGACUGCACUGUCGACGCGUUCAAGGCCGUACUGGGCCUGCUGUACUCGGACCGCGCGCGGGUGCUGUCGCCCGACAGCGACGCGUUCAUGCGACUCGCCGAGCGCUACCAGCUCAGCGAGCGCGUCGCGCCGAUCGCGUUCUAUCCGCUGAUCGUCGACCAGCAACAGCCGCUGUUGCCCGCCGACCAGCAGCAACAGCAGCUGGUCAACGCCGACGCCGACUCGCUGGCCGUCGACCUGCGCAAGCUCUUCAACCUAUCCCUCACCACCGACCAGACCAGCUCGCAAACGGAACGCGAACGGCAGCUAUUGGGGUUGCGGGACAUCGCGUUCGUGGUGGGCCAGCGACGGGUCACCACCUACAAGUGCGUCCUGGUGGCCCGCAGCGAGUACUUCCGCGCGCUCCUGUCGGCCAACUUUGGCGGCGAGGCGCGCAGCGAAAUCGUCAUCAGCAGCGACGGCGACGGCGACGGUGUCGUCGUGGACUACGAGUCCCUCGUGGGCGUGCUCGAGUUCGUCUUCACCGGCACCAUCGACCGCUUCCAGGCCGAGGCCCGGGCUCACGAGGCCGAACAGCGCAGGCGCCUCUGUAGACUAAGGCGUGGACAGCGCGCCCGAGCCUCAUCCUCGUCAUCGUCAUCAUCAUCGGCCUCGCCAUUGGCUUCCUCGAUCACAACCUGGUGGCGCAGAUUGUGGUCGACGACCAGCGAGAAUGCGACAAAAGCAGAAGAAAAAGAACAAACUGAGGAGAAAGAGGGGCUCGGCGGCGACAGCGACAGCAGCAGCGACAGCUUCGUAGGCCGGGUGGUGGCGCUGCUGGCGGCCUCGACCCAGUUCGCCCUGUUCGACCUGGGCUCUCUGUGCGAACGAACCCUCAUCGCCGAACUCGCGCGUCGCAUGCCCCCGGUGCGCCAGCAGCCGCAGAAAGAGCGAAGACGACCGGACAACGAAGAGAAAGCGAAAGCGACCGAGAAAGAGAUAGAAGAUGAACGUGAAGCUGAUGACGACAAUGAUGAAGAGGGAGAGGAAGAGGAUGCGGCGGACCUGGCGCUGCCGCUGCUCAUCGUGGCCGAUCGGUUUGCCUGCGCGCAGCUGCGGUCGGCCUGCCUGAACGUGGCCGCGUUGCAGGCGGACGCGGUGCGGCGGAAGGUGAAGGAGCACCGCAGCGAGAUGGACGCCGCGCUCCUGCAGGAGCUCUUCAGUUGGCUCACCAGCACGGGAGAAUGA